AGUCGAAGCGCCACAGAGGCGAAGAGGAACACAUCUCAGUUCUUUUAAUUCAUUUUUGGGCUUCCCUCAAAAGAAAAAAAAAACCAAACAGCACAGCUUUCACACGCUAACAGCGAGGACGCUCACGCACUGGAGUGGUGCUCGUGUCGGUUGAUCAGGCAUACAGCUACGAAUCUCUCUCUUUUCUUUUCUCCCUCCUUACGCUGACUGAGCAGUCUGCCUUUGGUGUUCGAGAGUUCUUUAUUUACUUCGUAUUUCUUCUCAAGUCGUUUCUCCGUAGGCCAAGGCGAUCUGACGCAUCUUCCUCUCCCGGUUCAUCAGCGACAACCUUACUCGAUGCAUCCUGUUGGGAUGAGAGGCUAGAGUCUGGACACAUUCGGCAGCACGGCCGCGCACGCACGCUUCUUCUUCCACGACUUUUAUUUUUAAAUGCUGCUUUCAUUAAUAGCUGUACCUGCGCUGGAUUUUAUUUCCCUCUUGAUUUUUUCUAGCAGAUUCUCUUCUCUUCAUCGUUUCCAUGUCGUUCCUUGCUUCGCCGACUUCCCUGCUGACCGCGGAGGCAGCGCAGCAAAAGAUUGAGUCCAUACAGGCAGCGUUGUUGCGUGUACAGCGUGCCUGCGAGUACCGCGACGAACACCCCUACGACCCUGUCGAGGCCCAAGGCGGAGGUGAUAGUAGUGGUAGUGGUGUCGGUGUUCCAUGCCCAACAGACGGGGGCCAAAGGGGUGGUUCAACGCCACGAACAGCAAGGCCGGCGUCAGCGGAUCCCUUCAUCAAGGCGCCGAACUCCUCCGCCAUACCAGAGGUUCAUUCCGCCGCCCCUGCCGAUCACAGAGAAGAAAAAGCAACGGCCGGCACUCGUCUGGUUCUCUCUUUUUCUCAAUUUGAGCGCCGCCGCAUCGCGCAGCUGCUGGGCCGUGUGGCGGUGGACAUCGCAGCGGUGUGGGCCUACGUCCAUCAGUGGAGCUCCCUGGGCGAGGUAACCGCCGACGCGGCCAGCGAAAGCGGCAUCUGCACGAGCGGAAAAGGUCACCUAAAUGGUGGUCGGACGAGGAGCGCUUCUCAGCCCACGAACGGCAACGAUGGAAAUCUGCGGUGGGCGUCGGCCGUCAAGGGAAACCCAGAGGCGCACAUGGCGGCCUUGAACACGCUGAUCCACACCGCCGUGUCGAUCCAACAGAUGCUGGCGGGGGGAGACGACAGGCGUGGCACGGGGGCAGGGAAGGACUCCGUCGUCACGGUGUUUCAGGAGGGAAGCGUGAGUCCGAACAUCGACGCAGCACAGGGUGACGCUUCCUUUGCCACGACGGCACGACCCGACUCCGCCGUCCCGAGCGCUUCUGCGACGCAGCAGGAGGACAGCUCCGCCCCCUCCCCAUCACCUCCUCCCUCGGCCGAGUUGGCGCACACCCUUCCUGCUCCCAGCAACAUGGCACCGCCGCCAGCACCCUCACCAGCACCACCGCCACCGGAGCAGCCAGCGGGUCUGCGGAGCACACUUGCUGCCCAGCCCUCUGCUACCUCCUCGUCCAUUCAUGCAGCACACGGCGACAACAGCGCGGCGACGGCGGCGGUGAUGGCCUCGAUCCCGGCGUACCUGAAGGCGUACGUGUGGGAGGGCUCAGGGAAAACGACACCGGAAGGGGAGGGGGAGGAGGACGAGGAGGACGACGACGAUGCAACAGUGGUGGUGGUGAACGCGGAGAGAGGAGACUCCCGGUCGAUCAGCGGCGGUAGCACAACCGGCGUGAACCCCCGCUCCUUCUCUCGCGUGAGUGACACCUUUGCCGCGUCCCACACGGGAAGCCGCAACACAUCGCCCUUCCCGAUGGACACUUCGCCUGGGACCCACGUCCACAACAGUCCGGGUAGUAGCAACACGCGUGUGCAGGGCAAUGCGAGCAGCAUCAUCGCCCACCACCGCUUCGACAGCGACAUGACCUUCACCGCGACAUCGUCCCCGUUUAAGCGCGUCGUCUCCAUCUCCUCCUCCUUGAUCGGCUCACCGGUGCUGGCGCAGCCGUACAGCCAACCACGCUCGCAGGGCAACAGUGGGAUGAGUGCCCUCAGCCAGCCUGCACCCAACACCACCAGCAGCCAGCAGAACAACUCCUUUAGCAACAACAAUAAUUACAACAGCAGUAGCACCUCCGCCCGCUCCCCCGACUCAGCGGAGAUGUCGCCAGCCGCGGUGGCAGCCUACUCUCGCAGCACGAGCUUGCUGCGCCGCCCGCACAAACUGGAGGUGCCGGUGAGCCGCACGCAGUCGCUGCGCCGCACACCCUCGUAUACCUCCCCGACCUCCAUGACGAGCGGCAGCAGCCCACCCGACGCGGCGGCCGUGACGAACAACACCAGGACGGCGUUAUACUCCGACGCCCCGGUGCCGUCGUUGCACGUGGCGAAGGCGCAUAGCGGCGGCGGCAGUGGUGGGGGUUGCGUGCCCGUCGUGGGGGCCCCAGCGCUGUCGAGCUCCUCCCCGGUAGGACCCCCCACCAACGCCACCGGCGACUCUCCGCCAUCCUCCCUCGCCGGUCUGCACUUUAAACGGGUCAUCUCCGUCGACUCCGAAGCCGGCGGGUGGCCACCGGGUUCGCUGGUCGACUCGCUCGAGAUGAGUCCCUCCAAAGGCACCUCGCUCUUUGGCCGGCUCGCGGCGGCAUCGUACAGCACGAACUUGACGCCUUCCCCGGCGCCGCAGGAGAUGCCGGCAGAGAACGAAGGGCAGCGUGCGACGGUGGUCGGCGCCCCCAUGGAGCUAACCGUGCCGACGGCGUAUCUGUCUCACUCAAGUGGUGGCAGCGGUGGUGGGGGAAUGGACGUAGGCGGCGCCUCCACCGCCUCGUCGGCCCUCACCACCUCGUACCUCGUACCGGGCAAUGCCGACUCGAUUCGAAAUGGAAGUUUGCACAGUCGAAACUUGACGCCGUACUCAUUCCCCUCGCCAGGUGGCGGCGCCCCGCCGCGAGUCUCGGCGCCUGCCCCACCGCCUCCACCUCCACCACCAGCAGCAUCCCCCCGCCCCGUCGUUCUGCAGAGCAGCACUGGGAAGACCCCAACGACAGGACCGAGUCCGUCUGCGCGACCGACUGCGGUGAACUCUGUGUCCGCAGCAGCGGCGCCAUCGACGACGUCGUUUAUGCAGGGCCAAGCGGUGCGUGCGAACACGUUAGCCGGCGGACGCGCCAACGUCAUCGACUCCGCGCCGCUGCCUCCGCACUCAUACAAGAUCAACGCGGAGAAGCUCGCCACCUUUCUCCAGUGCGUCCGCGGGCUGGUGCAGAUGGAGUUCAGCGAGGAGGAGUUCGAUUCCAUGCAUCUCUUUUACUUUCUUCCCGGUGUGUCGCUGGCAAAGCCUGCCGCUGCGCCAGAGGAGGGCAACGAAGGGCCUGAGGGCAGGACAGGCUCCACUGCAACAGCAACGUCGAAAGCAGGGAAUGAGGAAGCACCCCUGCCUCUCUUUAAUGGUGGCGAGCGCGUUCCCGUGCGCCGCACGAAGCUCGACGUUUUCUACUCGCUGGUGAAGAGGAAGGUGCAGGAGAUCUGCGACAACGUUGGCGUGCCGAGUGCUUCGUAUUUGUCGCUGUUGUGA